CUAGAAGAAGUAGAAUCAAAGCAAUACCAAGAGUUCAAGAGACAAAAACAAUCAGAAAACAAAAAGAUUUGUAGCUAAGAUCUCAAGAUGGGUUUGGUGGUGAUCAUAUCUCUUCCUCUAAUUUUCUUUUGUCUUCUUCUUGGAUUCGGCUGCUACUUCCUAGGAAAAUCUCGCGGCCGGCGUGAGAUCCGUACAAAUCCACAAGUGUAUGGAGCUCCUGCUCCACCUCCAGGUGCAAUAGCCGCAUCCUCCUCUCCGCCGUUGUCUCCUCAUCACGCCAAGCCCGACAACUCUCACAACGUCUGAUACUUUUCUCUCUUAUUGUUCGUCUCUAUUGCUUUUUGUUGGAUCCAAUGUGAAUUGCUGUAAUCUUUGUUUCUGUAAUUUGUGUAUUUUUCCUUUAUCUCUUUGAUUGAUGUAAAUAAUAAAGAAAGCCUAGUAUGGUUGUUCCUUAUAAUUUGUUUGAACAUGAAUUUUAUAAGAAACCUUUCAAUUUCUCUA